AUGCAUGAUAUCCUUCUCACAUUGACACCCUUAGUUCUUAGUUCUUCCGAGUUCCUCUCCCUUUCCCGACCUUCACAGCCGUGCGCCGCCCAAGGAAUCAUAAAGGGAGCAAGUUUGUCUUUUUCGCCGCCGUCUAUGGCUAUUCAUCCUCCUCCUCAGCCAAUAGAGGGACUCCAUGACGCAGGCCCUCCACCCUUCCUUACCAAAACCUAUGACUUCGUCGACGACCCCACAACAAACAAUAUUGUUUCUUGGAGUACAGGGAGCAACAGCUUCAUCGUUUGGGAUCCCCAGAUCUUUGCAACGAGUCUUCUCCCCAGAUACUUUAAGCAUAACAAUUUCUCUAGCUUUGUCAGGCAGCUCAACACUUAUGGCUUUAGGAAGGUUGAUCCAGAGAGGUGGGAGUUUGCCAAUGAAGGGUUUCUUAGAGGAAGGAAGCAGCUUCUGAAGAACAUCAGAAGGAAGGCGACUCAACCUCAGGCUUCACAGCAGCCUCUGGACGCUUGUGUUGAGGUUGGUCGGUUUGGAUUAGACGGAGAAGUUGAUUGGUUGAGGCGUGACAAGCAGGUUCUAAUGGCAGAACUGGUGAAGCUUAGACAGGAACAGCAGAAUACUAGAACUUACCUUCAAUCAGUGGAAGAUAGACUUAGAAAGACAGAACGGAAACAGCAUCAGAUGACGAAUUUCUUGGCAAGAGCAAUGCAGAAUCCCAACUUUUUACAGCAAUUAGUUCAGCAGAAGAACAGAAGAAAAGAACUCGAGGCAGCAAUAAGUAAGAAGAGAAGGCGACCUAUUGAUCAAGGUGGAGGAGGAACCUUUGUUGUUAAAGUUGAGCCUCAGGAUUCCAGUGGCAUGUCCGAGUUUGAAGUUUCAGAGCUGAACAGAUCACUUGGUAUUAACAUGCAAAAGAACCCAUUGGGAGAACAUAUAGAGAAUGGAGAUCAGGAACAUGAUGAAGGAUUCUGGGAAAAUUUGUUAAAUGAGAAUAUCGAAAAGAACCCAUUGGGAGAACAUAUAGAGAAUGGAGAUCAGGAACAUGAUGAAGGAUUCUGGGAAAAUUUGUUAAAUGAGAAUAUUGAAGAAGAAAUUGUCCUAUUGGGUCUUGAACAAGAAGAUGAUGAUGAGGAAGAUCAUGUGGAUGUUGUGGCUGAGCAGCUCGAUCACUUGGCCUCUACUUCUAAUUAA